UAUGCAGUGUGUAGUAUGCAGUAUGCAGUGCGGUAGAGCGCACUGACGGAGCGCUGCAGUAAUUGGUGGCAGUGUCCUGAUCAUUACGUGCUACGGGCCGCGAUAAAAUGGGUCCAAAUCGCUGUGAAAAGUUAUAAAGAUUAUAAAGAGAGAAAAAUGGACUAUAGACGCAAAAGGAGACUGACGUUCUUCACUAUAGGACUGAUCUUCUUACUGAGCGGCAUUGAGUACGCUGUGAUUUUGCCCACAAUAUGGAGGUAUCUGCAGACGUUAAAUGCAGCGCCGUACUUUCUUGGUCUCAGCCUAUCAGCGUUCAGCUUCAGCGGGCUUCUCGCUGGUCCUUUGUUUGGCCUCUGGUCAGAUCGCACACUCUCCACCAAGAAAAUCAUCCUGUUCGCCAAUGUCUUUGAGAUUGUUGGUAAUUUCAUGUAUUUUAUGGGAUACUCCAAAUGGCUAUUGCUCUGCAGUCGUCUAGUUGCAGGUAUUGGCACUGGUGCUGGAUCAUCUAUCUUCAGCUUCUUGACUAGAAAUACAGCCUCUGAGGACCGUUCGACUGUUUUCGCUGCGGUUAUGGCCUGCCGUCAAGCUGGGCUUCUGAUUGGUCCUGCAUUCAAUAUCUUUCUCAGACUCUGUAACUUCCAGAUCGGACCUUUCACAGUGAACAAAUACACUUCCCCGGGGCUCUUCAUGUGCCUGCUGUGGAUCCUCCUUCAGUUUAUAGUCCUGUUCAUGUACUGGGACUUCACUCCUCAAGACCAAAGGUGUCAGAGGAACGGAGUGGAGCGGGAGGAAGAAGAGGAGGGCGAAGAGGGCGAGGAGGGCAAACCUUUGGUUGGGCCCAAUGAGCUCACUGGCUCAUACGGGACGGUCACCAGCGUCCAGUCCAGGACCUCUUCAGUGGCCAACGGUGAUGUGACUCAUGUUUCCCCUCCGCCUUCACCUCCACCUGAGGACCUCAGCUCCAGUCCCUUCAAGAACUUCAGUGCUAGCAGAGAGUUCCUCAGAGAGGAGGUGGUUGUGCUGUUGGCUGCUCAGUUUAUCACACUGUUUAAUCAGACCGCUCUGGAGACUAUGGUGACUCCUCUGACACAGAAGUUCUUUAACUUCGGCGAGUUGGAGAACAGCAUCAUGUACUGUCUGUGUGGCGUCGAGGUGAUCGCUGGCUUCCUGUUCGUGCGCUGGUUGAGCAAGCGUGUGGCGGAGCGAGUGGUGCUGGCCGUCGGCCUCAUCCUCUGCAAUAUCUCCUGUGUCUGGUGCAUGAUCUUCCUGGCCAAUCCUCAGGGAGGAUUUGCGUGGCAGCUGGCGGAGUUCAUCAUUGGUGUUUUCCUUCAGGUCCUGGGCCUUCCUUUUGUGGCAGUCGCCCAGGUGUCUCUCUUCUCCAAAAUUACAUCAGAGAAGACACAAGGUUAG